UUUCUUCGCUGCUACAUGGACUAAAAAAAAUUAAAGCUUUGAGAUUUCUUUCCUUAUCGAUUUCUCUCUGCGAAUUGUUCGUUGUUUUCUUCUGCCACCUGAUUCUCACCUUCUUUCUUCUGGAAUCUGGGUUUUGUUUCGGAGUUUUCGAGGUUCCUCAUUCGUUGCUUCCGUUGAAAUUCUCUUUUUUUUUUUUUUUGUUUGUUAUUUGUUGUUGUUGUUGUUACUUUCGACCUUUUAAAUGCCCUAAUUUUCAGGUUCUAGUUGUGGUUUGUGGGAUUAGGAGCAGAAGCCCUUUCUAGUAAACUACAUGUUAGCUGCAAUUUGUUGAAGUAUUCACAGUUUUGUUCAGUUGGAAGCUCUAUGUGUUUCCUUCUCUGAUUGAAACGCAGAUAGAAUGAUUUUACCAAAGCAGUAUCGUUGCACACACUCCCCGAGCUGCCAAUGCACAAAAGGCCAUUUAAACGAAGACGUGUUGUUAUUAGUGUUCCAGCAUUUGAAUUGGAAUCCGAAAUUAGUUGCAACAUUUUCCUGUGUAUGCAGAUGGUUUGAUGAUUUCGCCAAACGGGUACUAUGGAAAGAGUUUUGCAAGACUCGUGCCCCAAAAAUGAUGCUUGAUUUGCAAUCUAGCGGUAGUCACUGCAUUGACGGUAACUGGCGAGCUCUUGGGAAGCUGCUCAUCUACUGCUCAGGAUGUACACAAGGUGGUCUUUUCAAUAGCUCUGUUCAAAUCCCAGGCCACUUUGUUUAUAGAACCCGGUUCUCAAGAACAUUAGGAAAAAGCCUCCUUCCACCUCAGUGUAGAACCGAUGUACUCUAUGUUUGUGAUCCAUGCGAGCAUCUUGACCAAGGGGAAGAAGGGGAUGUUGGUUUGUUCCGUGGGAUUUUCAAGUCAUUCCCAACAUCUAAAGUCCGGAAAGUGAUCAUUAACAAGGCAGUUCCUUUUCAUCCAUCCGAGGUUUGCCCAUAUUGUAAAGCUAGGCUAUGGAGCAUGCUACAAGCUAAGAUAAUACCUCAGAGUGCCUGCAUUCGUUUGGAAGCUUAUGAAGACUGCAUUGAGUAUUUUGUUUGCCUUAACGGACAUUUGCUCGGUAUCUGCACUCUGGCGCCUUUGUCUGAUUCGGAGGAUGCUAUUCCAAGCGAAGAUAGCAAUCACAUAGAGAAGAAACAAGAGAAUUGCCUUCCUAAAGAGAACAUAUUGAAAAGGAGAAAUUCUUUGUUGGGUGGAAGUGAAAAUGGACCUCCGCCUCAAAAACGAUUGACCAAUCCAAAUCCAUGUAACAUUGAUGUGUGAAACAUCUGUAAAUUUGUGUACUUCUGCUAAAUCUAUUGCAUCUGCAGAGAUUCUUCAACAUUCGUAUACAGUCAAAUUAUGAUCAACAAUUUCCAUAAUAUCUGGACCUUUGAUACAUCAGUACAAUGA